UCCUGCAGCGGCUGCCGAGCCUGGGGAGGUGGAUCUCCAUGGGCGCCGACGAGUGGGACGAGCUGCUCAGCGUGGCGGACGCGGCCACACCGCCAGUUGCUGAGCAGCCGCCGCUCGCGGCGGCGUCGCCUCGAGGAGGAGAAGGGCAGCAGAGCGCUGCCGCUGGAAGCAAGGCCGCGUUGCCCAAGAGCUACAGAGGCGUGCGGCGGCGGCCGUGGGGAAAAUUCGCGGCGGAGAUCCGGGACACGCGGCGGCGGGGCGCGCGGGUGUGGCUGGGCACGUUCGCCACGGCGGACGAGGCCGCGCUCGCCUACGACGUGGCGGCGCUGCGCAUGCGCGGCCCGCGCGCGCACCUCAACUUCCCGAUCGAGAAGGUGCAGCGCCGGCUCGACCUGGAGCGCGACAACGGUCAGUUCCUGGACGCCGCCGACCAUCCCACGGGCCGCGCGCGCCGAAAGAGGAGGAGGAGAAGCAGUGCCACCGCCACCGAUCAUGCAAGAACCGUCGACGCCGAUGUCACUGCGGCGUAUGGAGGCUCCGAUCAGAUGGUGUCUUUCACCAACUCAGGGAGAGGUCACGGGACACCAGCGGUGCAAGAUCGGCGUGUGAUGAGCGCUGACGUUGGAGGAGCUGUGGAUCGAGUGAUCGAGUUGGAGGAGAUUGGUGGCGAGUAUUGGGACUACUUGUUCCCGCCUGUGCUAUGAUGGUGGUGAUGAUCAACUAGUUAGAUAGUUAGGUGUGGUUAUAUUGGAGUAUGUUAAUUUGUGUAUGGAUGAUAG